AUUUUCUACUAGUAUAAAGAGGCGAAGUAGGGCAUUGCAUUGGAUUACAUAAAGAAGAAAAUGAAGGUAGGCCCAAAAGUAAUACUCCUCUUCAAAGAUCCAACCGGGUUCGGCACCGCUAUCUUCCAAUCCCUUCAACCUAACCCUAAUUCCAACCUUCAAACCCGACGAGAAGAAUCUCUUGAUUUAUCCUUACAACGGUACGGAAUUAAAGACCAAAAGGUUUCAAUCGAAGUCGUUCAUUUUCUCCAUGGCUCAAUUCCCGAGGUGUCGGUGUUGCUUCUGGAAAACUACGAGCCUCCAACACUUGCUUGUGCUCUUAAUGAAGUUCUAGCAUUAUUAGUAGGAGAUGGGUUGUCAAAUAUGCCCACUAUCGUGGUCCCUUUUGUUGUGGCUGCAACAAAGCUUAAGAUGGGAAAUAGAACUUCCGUUGCAGUUGAAAAUAUCUCAGUUUAUGGGUUGCAAGUAGGUGCCUCUAAUGGCCUUACUAAAGCUUUGGCCACGAAUUUGCAAAGCCCACCGCAGUCGUUGCAGAUUUUCAACGAACAGUUGGCGUGCUUACUUCAGUUGGUUCGAGUUUUGAAGAUGCCUACUUUUGUUAUAAUUGGCAAAAAAGGUCAAAAUUUGCAUCAUAAGACUUCAGAAGAGGAACUUCAGGUGAUACAUGAGAUAGGACAGCACUUGGCUAGCUUCUCAUCUCUUAGUUUCUCGGGAGAAAAGAUAGCAUGGCAUGCAACAAAGUCUUCAAGAGAAACUCAAGAGCCUUGGCGUGCAUUAUAUGGUUGAAUCUUCUUGCUGGCUACAAUCAGCGGCUAUUCAUCUAACAUGGAGUGUUAUUGGUUUCAGUAUGCUCCUAGCAGACUCGUGGGUAAGCACAAUCGUGUCUGGUGUAUUGACCCAGAGAAUCAAUUAUUCCUAGAGGUGGAUGAACUUGAUUGCGUUCACUUUUUCUUAUGAUUUGAUCCUGUAUGCUUACUUAAAGUGUGUCUGAAACAAAAUGUAAAGCUUCUUUCUUCCGAGAUCUGCUGCUAUUUUUGUACUGAUAUUCUCAAUUUUC